AUGUCCAUGGGGGCCAUAGUGGGGACUUUGCUGUGGCCAUCGGCGGCUUGUCUCAGUGCCUUGGGGCUCUUGCUGGUUGUGUUUGGGAUCUACUUCUACGCUCCGUACUGGAAGGUGAGGAAGGUGCCGGGGCCUCCUGUCGGCUUCCUCGUGGGGCAUCUCCCUCUGCUGGCCAAGAGCGGCCCGGAUAUCUUCAGGGCGCUCGCCGAGGAGUACGGCCCGAUCUACAGGUAUCUCCUCUCCCUGGCUGCCCAUCGCCGCCAUUGAUGGCGGCUCUGGAGCUCCAAGAAGGCAGUCUCUUUCUUUCUUCCUGUCGAACUCAUGUUUUGACGUCCGUUUUGGCUCGGGUGCUUGGUAGUUGACCAGCGAGAGGAGAUUAUAUCAUCGGCUUUUCAUGAAAUGCACAGUUUUUAUGGGAAAACGACGCACAUCGAUUUAGAAAAAAAAGUGUAUUUUUGUGCAUCGCCGCCAUUGACGGCGGCUCUCGAGCUCCAGGAAGGUAGUCUCUUUCUUCCUGCCGAACUCAUGCUUUGACGUCGGCUUUGACUCGGGUGCUCGAUAGUUGACCUGCGAGGGGAGAAUAUUUUAUCGAUUUUUCACGAAAUAAACGGUUUUCACGGGAAAACGACCCACGUCAAUUUAUAAAAAAAAGUGUCUUUUUUUGGAAAGAUGACGGAUAGUUGACCAAGAUUAUCGAGCUAUCUAUUAGAACAGAGAGUAAGCCCCUACGAUCUGACGGAAUGGAUUCUCUCCGUGGCUGCAGAUUCCAAAUGGGAAGGCAGCCGCUCGUGAUAGUCGCCGACCCGGAGCUCUGCAGAGAAGUCGGAAUAAAGAAGUUCAAGGACAUCAUGAACCGGAGCAAGCCUUCUCCUACCUCUGGAUCUCCCAUCCAUGAGAAAGGGCUCUUCCUAUCCAGGCACUCUUCUUCUUCUUGGUCUCGAGAAACUUGUUCUUCCUCUCCGUGUUCGUGGGAUUUCUUCAUGUUUCUCCCUAUCAUGGCAUUCUUCUUCUUCUUCUUCUGGUUCAGAAACUUUUUCUUCCUCUUCGUGUUCGUGGGAUUUCUUCAUGGUUCUUCCUAUCCUGGAACUCUCCGUCUUCCAGCUCCCCUUCUUGUUCUUUUUUCUCGUUCUUCAGAAACUUGUUCUUCUUCUUCUUCAAUUUUGGGACAUUUCUUCAUGGUUCUUCUCUGGGGGCGUUCUCAGGGAUUCGAGGUGGUCGUCCAUGAGAAAUACGAUAGUUCCCUGCUAUCAGCCCACCCACCUCGCCAGUCUCGUUCCUACCAUGCAAUUCUUCGUCGAGUCUGCGACCCGCUCCCUCUCCGGCGAAGAAGAAGUCAACUUCUCUCACCUCUCCCUGAAGAUGGCGAUUGACAUCGUCGGAAAGACGGCCUUUGGCUUUGACUUUGGCCUCUCCCGAGAGGCUCCUUCCGGCGGCGGCGGCGGCAGCGGUGCCGACGAGGCUUCCUCCUUCCUCAAGCAGCAUAUCUACUCCACGGAUUCCCUCAAGAUGGACCUCUCAGGCUCCUUCUCCACGAUUCUCGGACUCGUCGCGCCGCUUCUCCAGCCGCCGUUCAGGUGGCUACUGGGAAAGAUCCCAUGGACGGCCGAUUAUCAGAUGCGUUGCACCACCGAGAAGCUCACAGAGGUGAUCCGGCAGGUGGUGGAGAAGAGGUCCGGCGAUGGCGGUGCAGAGUUGCCGGACGUCCUGGCGGCGAUAUUGAGAGCCAGGAAGAAGUCGCCGGCGAGGGAGCUCUUCAGCUCGGACUACUUAAGCGCGCUCGCCUUCGAGCACCUCAUCGCCGGCUCCGCCACCACUUCCUUCACCCUGAGCUCGGUGGUCUACUUGGUCUCCAAGCACCGGAAGGUGGAGAGGAAGCUCCUGGCAGAGAUCGACGCCUUCGCCGCCCUCGGGAGAUCUCCUACCGCCGACGACCUCAGCUGCAUGUUUCCUUACCUCGAUCAGGCAUGCUUCUCAGCAAUCGGUCUCUUCUAAUUUGUCUUAAGAUGAGUUCUAUGCUGGUAAUCAAUAUAUCAAAUUCGGUAACGAAAUAUAAUAGUUUCACUUUAUUAUUAUUGUUAUCAACAUCAUCAAAAUGUCAAUUUUUUUCCUAAUAUGGCAUUUUGCACCUUAUGAUUAUCAUCAUUAACCAUUCAAAAACUUGUACAUAGAGUUGAAUAUUGAUUCAAUAUUUUUUUUUUAACUCAUCAAUCUAUUGAAGAGAUUAGUUUCCUUCUGGUGAUGAUGGGCAGGUGGUGAAGGAGGCCAUGAGAUUCUACACGGUCUCUCCUUUGGUGGCGAGGGAGACCUCUCAACAGGUUCAGAUAGGAGGUUAUACCCUACCCAAGGUAAUCGGCCUUUGUGAAUCUUGGCAAGAUGAGAAAAAUAAAGAUAAAAAUGGGUUAUUUAUUUGGAAAAAAGACUGGAAUUUUUAUCUCGAAUGCUUCUUCAUAAAAAUAGCACCUUUCAGCAAAUGCCACCUGGCAUGAACCUAUGGUACGAGUUUUUCACUUGGACAUAUAUGUGGUGAAUUUUACCAAAGUUAAAUGGCCUCAAUAUUGUUACCUUCAAGAAUAUUGAGAUUAGCGAAUUCGUUGCUUUCUUACUGAAACUAAUGAUUGCGCUACUGUUCUUCAAGACACAUGGAAGCGCUCUUUCAUCCAUCAAACGUGAUACUAUUAUAUUUGCAUAAUCAAACACACGAUUGUGGUAUAUCUUGAUAAAAUCAAAUGAUAGUAUUAUUUCCAAAAAAUGAAAUAUUUUUUUUAUUUUACUAGAAAAAUAACAAAAAUAAAUGUCAUUAGUAAUGUGAUCAUCAUCAUCAUCAUCGUCAAAUCGUCGAUUACCAUGAAAUUAAUACAUAUGUUUUAUAAAUCUAAUCGACCCGGUAUCCUCUAAAAAACCUUGUGCAGGGGACAUGGGUUUGGCUAGCACUGGGUGUUCUAGCCAAGGACUCUAGGAACUUCCCUCAGCCAGACGAAUUCAGGCCGGAGAGGUUUGACCCAGCAUGCUCUGAGGAGAGGAGGCGGCACCCCUACGCGCACAUUCCCUUUGGUAUUGGGCCAAGAAUGUGCAUCGGCCACAACCUCGCCCUCAUGGAGAUCAAACUCUCCCUCAUCCAUCUGUACAGAUCCUUCGUCUUCGAGCUCUCCCCUUCCAUAAAGGACCCCCCAGAGUUCCACUAUGGUCUGGUCCUCAACUUCAAAAAUGGCAUCAGAGUCCGCCCCGUCAAGCGAUGGCCUUGA